AUGAAAUAUAAAAACUUAUUAACAUAAUAGAUUUUAUUUUAAUUAAAUUAUAUCCAAAUUAUACUUUAUUUUUAUAAUCAAAUGAUUAGAAUAUUAACAUAUAUAUCAGAUAAAUGUAUUCACAUUAAAGAAAAUCCAGAUUUUUAAUAAAAAGAAGGCAAAAAGAAAUACGCCUUAUCUAAAAAAAAAUUAAAAAAUAGAGAGAAGUUUAAAAAAAACAUUUUAAAGAAAAAAAUAGCAAGAAACUAAGAGUAAAAAAUUAUUUUUAUAAAAUUUAAUAAUAAUAAUUACUAUAUAUAAUUUUUUAAAAAUACUGACUAACUUUCUCUAAUUAUUACUACAUUUUUAAACAAAUUUUUUAAUAAGAAAUAUUAAGAUUAUUUAAAUAAUGUUACUCUAACUAAAUAAUUCUUUUGUAUAUCUUACUAAAAGCAAAUUUAUAAAUUAAUAUUUCAUAGUUAUAAUAAUUUAUUAAUUUUUUUUAUCCACUUUUGUUGA